AUGGAAGCCAAAUACGUCAAGGUAUUGGAUAAUAGGUUUAAAGAUGGAUUUGGGAAAAAGAGAAAGCAUCCUGUGAACUAUACGUCAUAUGAUUCUGGAAGGUCAUGUGCAAAGCUCCAACAUGUGCUCUUACUGAACAAGUUAACCCAAAAGCUUGAGAAAAGGAGAAAGUUGGAUGGUGGAAAUGUUUCUGAGAUUCACUCUGGAAAGACUUUAGUCAGAUAUUACGGUUAUUUUAAGAAGACGGGAGUGCCUAGGCGUGUAAUGUUAUAUGAGAAUGGUGAAUGGAGUGAUUUGCCAGAGCAUAUUAUUUGCGCCAUCAGGAAUGAUCUUGAAGCAAAGAAAGCUGCAAUUGAGGUCAACUGGUGCGGUCGCCUUUUUGUUCUGGAUUUCUUACACAUGCAUCGACUAGACUUGGAAACGGGUGUAAAAACCCAGCUUGCAUGGAUUGACAUUGCUGGAAAAUGCUUUUUCCCCGAAAUUUAUGACAGUGUUGGGAGGGACGGCUGCCACCAAUUCUGUGGGAAAGAUCCGGAACAACAUGAUAGUGAGAUCAAGCUGCACCUUGAAAUUGAUGUCAAUGGUGUGAAAUUACCGAGGCUGAACUUGAAGCAGUCUAGUGACAAUAUGGAUGAUAUUCAAGUUGUUCAGCAGUCUUCGAAUGGACAAUAUGACGAGGCAUCAGAGGAUAGCUGCAGUCAUGAGCCUGAUACUGCUGUCGAGAAAUGGGAUGAAACAGGAACUGAUAUAUUCUCUGGUGUCAAGCCUGUUGAGGAAGAACUUGAUAAAGAUACUGUCAAACAAAUGUUUGCGUUAGGUACUGUCACUCUAGGGCCUGUAGAGUUGCUUGAUGUGUACUGGUUUUCAAGUGAGAUCGCCAAAGCUCGUCUAAAUCUUUUCCAGAAACAAGCUGAUAUCACCAAGAAACACCGAGGAGAUGCUAACAUUAGAUAUGCAUGGGUUCCUGCGAAGAAGGGAUUGUUACCUGCAAUAAUGGUGCAUGGACUUGGAGUGGGUGGAGCAUUCAUUAGAAAGUCUACGUAUGGUGUUGGGGUUCACUUAACUGCUGCAAACUGCCCUGAUUUCAGUGCUAGACAUUGUGAUAUUGAUGAAAAUGGUGUACGGCACAUGGUUUUGUGCCGUGUAAUAAUGGGGAAUAUGGAGCUUCUUCGUGGUGAUAAAGCGCAAUUCUUUACUGGUGGAGAAGAGUACGAUAAUGGAGUUGAUAAUGUCGAGAGUCCAAAGCAUUAUAUUGUCUGGAACAUGAAUAUGAACACUCACGUUUACCCAGAAUUUGUAGUUAGCUUCAAGCUGUCUAUCCCCAAUGCUGAAGGGAAUUUGCUUCCUACUAUUCAGAGUAAGCACGAGAAUCUGGGGCUCGCCUUGGAAGGACCCAAAGGUUAUCUCUCAAAUGGGGCAGGAAGGGUAUCGAAUGGAGGUUCAGAAAGAUCUAGAGGGAGCCAAAACAACAGUGCCGGUUCCAGCACUAGGAAGCCUAGAUCUUCUUUGAUGCCUUUCCCUAUGCUGUUCAGUGCUAUCUCAAGCAAAAUUGCCCAGAAAGACAUGGACUUGAUCACUGCUGAUUACCAACAACUUAGGGAUAAGAAGAUGUCUAGAGCAGAAUUCUCGAAGAAGCUGCGGGUGAUUGUUGGAGAUGAUGAUCUGUUGAGAUCCACCAUAACAGCUCUUCAACGCUUGCCACACCCUGCCAUGAAGAUGAAACCGACCACAGGUGGGGUCUGA